UUUCCUCUCCCAUCUCUUGCCUGUGUGCACCGUGCCGCUUCACGCUCAGCACAAGGCGGGCAGAUGUAAGUUAAACUGAGUCGACGGUGAGAGAGGUGACAAUGAGGUCGAGCGGGAGAAUAUAUUUCCAGCAGCCGACCAGACUGUCACGGUGGACUCGGCAGAUGUGAAGAUCUUCCGGACUUGCCUCCGUCUCAUGGUUUGGAUCUUUACAUUACCAACAUUUUUAAAGAGCAGGCAGCAGUGAGGUGUAAAAGUCCAGCUUGAAGCUCAGCCUUGAAAGGAAACUGCCGGACUCUAAAUCUGCCCGUCAGCCUCUCAUGAGCAUCUGAUUAAAAGCCAGAAGGGGACGCACAGAGGAAUCAAGGAAGAUCCUCAACAGGAAAAUAUUCAUGUUUUUACUUUAGUCAUACUUUUAAUAGUUUUUAUCUGCAGUCCUAUCCUUGUGCCUCAGGAAUGUUGUGAGCUUGUCAGUCCAUUUAUCAAGUGGGAAGUAAUUUCACUUGCCCCAGGGACGAGGCCACCUUUUACAACCAAACACCCUCACGGACCAGAGGAGCCUCACACUUCAUAGUUCUUCCACCCAACUUGAAAGAAUUCUUUGGAUUGUUGGACAGUGACAAAUCCAGGAUGCAGGUCUCACUGGUGUGCACCGACCACCGCGGCGGGGUGAGUCGCACCACGGAGGACCGGCUCAACCGGCAAAACGCCAACAGCCCCGGCACAGGGACGCGAAGCAAGUUCCGAGCCGUGGCCAUGGUGGCUCGCAGUCUUGGGCAGCUUUCGGUUCAGAGUGUGCCGUCUUCCAGCGAACAAAGCAUGAGGACCGGCAUGAAGUAUAGAAACCUUGGGAAGUCGGGACUGCGCGUGUCCUGCCUUGGAUUAGGGACAUGGGUGACAUUUGGCGGGCAGAUAACAGAUGAGAUGGCAGAGCAGCUGAUGACUCUGGCGUAUGAAAAUGGCAUCAAUCUGUUUGACACAGCCGAGGUCUAUGCUGCUGGGAAGGCUGAGGUGGUGCUGGGGAACAUCAUAAAAAAGAAAGGAUGGAGACGCUCCAGUCUGGUGAUAACAACAAAGAUCUUUUGGGGAGGAAAAGCCGAGACUGAAAGAGGUUUAUCUCGAAAACAUAUUAUAGAAGGUUUAAAAGCUUCUCUGGAGCGACUGCAGUUAGACUACGUUGACGUAGUAUUUGCGAACAGACCGGACCCCAACACACCUAUGGAAGAAACGGUUCGCGCAAUGACCCAUGUGAUAAAUCAAGGGAUGGCCAUGUACUGGGGGACAUCCCGCUGGAGCCCCAUGGAGAUAAUGGAAGCAUAUUCUGUGGCACGACAAUUCAAUCAGAUCCCUCCCAUUUGCGAGCAGGCCGAGUAUCACAUGUUUCAGAGAGAAAAAGUGGAGGUGCAGCUACCCGAACUUUUCCAUAAAAUAGGUGUGGGGGCCAUGACUUGGUCACCGCUGGCCUGUGGGAUCAUCUCAGGGAAAUACGACGGAAGGGUGCCCCCGUACUCUCGGGCCUCUCUGAAGGGUUACCAGUGGUUGAAGGACAAGAUCUUGAGCGAGGAGGGUCGGCGUCAGCAGGCGAAGUUGAAAGAGCUGCAGGCGAUCGCGGAGCGGCUGGGCUGCACUCUGCCCCAACUCGCCAUCGCGUGGUGUCUUCGUAACGAGGGGGUGAGCUCUGUCCUUUUAGGGGCGUCCAACACCGACCAGCUCAUGGAGAACAUCGGAGCCAUUCAGGUUCUCCCAAAGCUGUCGUCGUCCAUCACACACGAGGUGGACAGCAUCCUGGGAAACAAGCCGUACAGUAAAAAAGACUACCGCUCUUAACGCCCGGUAGCCGCAGCACGUCCCGCCUUUUUGCCUGAUCCUCCGUUUGCUUGAGCUUCUACUGAGCGAGACCCCCCAGCCCCUCCUAACCCUCCCUCAACCCUCCUGGUGCAUGAGUGUGGUCACACCAAAUGGCCACCGGGGGGCUCCCUCGCUCAAGCGUCUUGAGAGGUUUGCAAAUCAGACGUUCAAUAGGAAAACGAGUGAAAAACAUAAUAAUAAGCACACGCUGGCUUGGGUUGUUAGAUGUUACUUGGCCACGCGGAGCAAGUGGACGGUCAUACGUGUGUGUUAUCCUCCACGUCGUCUUUGUUUCUGUCGUUGUCCGACAAAAAUCUGCACUUUAGUAUGGUCGGUGUCGCUACCUUACCACAUUCUUAGCCCACACACAUUGCACUAGACAAGAAGAAGUAGUUGCCUCCUGGUCGGUCUCUCAUCCUGACGUCCUCCAUCAUUAUCAUUUUUUUGUUUUUGUUUUAAUCUAAUGCACCACACUCCUGCUGCCUUUUUUUAACCCCCCUGAGGCUCCUCCAUCAUUCUCAUAUGCAUCGUUAGCACCAGUUUACAUGCCUUCGUCUUUAGAUUUAAGGUUAGCUCGAGGAAGCAGACUUGUUGGCGCUUGUUUGCUAUCAGAAGGGGGUAAUAUGCUUGUGUCUUUAGUUUUUAAUGUUAACUUUAGCUUUAACUUUUUUAGCUCUUUUUUUUAAGCAGCCAUCACCAUAAACAUUAGCGAGAGGAACUGGCCAUGUUUGCCGUCAGAGGUUGUUAACAUGCCCCCAUCUUUAGUAUUGUUAGCUUUAACAUGAACUUUAGCUUUAGCUCUAGCAUUAAUGUUAGCUUUAAUAUUAGCUAGAGGAAGUAGCCAUGUUGGCUCUUGUUUGCAUCACAGGAUGUUAACAUGCCUACGUCUUUAGCUUUGAUGUUAGCUUUAGCGAUAACAUUUAGAUCAAGGAAGCAGCCGGCUUUAGCUUUAACGUUAGCUAGAGAAGCUGCCAUCUUGGCUCUUGUUUGGCAUCAGAGGUUAACAUGCCUGUGUGUUUAGCAUUAGCAUUAGCUGGAGAGAGCUGCAUCAGAGGGUGUUGGCACACCUGUUUCUUUAGCUUUAACGUAAGCUUGAAUGUUAGUUAAAGGAAACCGGUAUCUUGACGCACCGUCAGAGGGUGUUGACGCAUCCGUUUCUCUAGCUUGAAGUUAGCUAGAGGAAGCGGCCAUGUUGGGCCUUGUUUGGCAUCAGAGGGUGGUAAACGUGCCUGUGUCUUAGCUUUAAUGUUAACGUUGGCUCCUGUUUGGCAUCAAAGGGUGGUGGCGUGCUUGUGUUUUUCACUUUAACCUUGCAACCACGUUGGCUGACCGUCAAAGGAUGUUUGCACACGUGUCUUCAGUGUUAGUAUUACCUAUAGAAAGUGACCGUCUUUGCUUUUGUUUUCUUGUCCUGAGAUUUUGUUUGAGUGUUUUGCCUUAUUGUGUCCCACCAGCGGGAUACAACGGCUUAAGUCCACUGACAAGAUGUUGUUUGCACGUGUACAAUACAGAUCAUAAAAUUUA